CCUGAACGACACACAUCCCCAGACACAGAGAGAAGAAGAGCCAAUCUAACUCUGCAAGACUCAAAUCUAAUCAUGAAGGUACUUGUGCUUCUCGCUCUUUUCUCUGUUUGCAAUGCAAACAUCCUGUGGGCCGAGCAGCCCAAGAACAACCUGGACAUGGUGAAGGAUGCUUUCUGGGAGUAUGUGUCCAAGGUGACCAUGACCGCCGAGGACAACCUGAGGCAGAUCAGAGCGUCUGAGCUGGGUCAAGAAGUCAAUGACAGGAUCUCUCAGAGCGCUGACGCAGUGAACCAGUACGUCGUCGCUCUGAAGUCUCAGGUGGCUCCUCUGACCCAAAACUUCAUGACCCAGUUCACCAAGGAGGCCGAGCAGUUCAGGGCCCAGCUGGAGAGUGACCUUUCCACCGGGACCAGCACCCUCCGGCCCUACGCUGAGGACUUGAUGGCCCGCAUCCAGAAGCAGGUGGAGGAGCUGAAGAUGGAGGCCGCCCCUUACACCGAGUCCAUGGACCCCGAGUCCCUGAAAUCCUUGCUGCUGCAGAAGAGCCAGGAGCUGAAGGUGCAGGUGGAUAAGAGCGUGAGCCAGCUGCAGGCCCAGAUGGUCCCCAUCACUGAGGAGAUGAAGGAGAAGGUGGAGCAGAGCAUGGACCAGUUCCAGAGGAGCAUGAUGCCCCUGGCCCAGACCUUCGAGACCCAGCUCGCCCAGAAGACCCAGGAGAUGGAGGAGCUGAGGGCCAAGCUGGACGCCAGCGCUCAGGACAUGCAGGCUCAGCUGACCGCUCUGUGGGAGUCUUUCAUCAAGAGCACCCAGUAACUGCUCCAUCAGCCUCCACACCACCAGAUAUUUAUUCUAAUUCUACCCAAUGUUAAUUUAUUAAAUAAAAAAGAAGAACAUA